GAGUCGCCAUAUAAGCUGUAAAAGCCAGGUUCAAAAACUUCCUGGUUGUGAUCCGUAUACUACUUUUCCUGCCCACCUUGUUUUAUAAUGGCUGAAGAAAUAACCUGAUAUAUUGGGAAGAUGAGUAGAACUUACAGUGUAUUUGCUGGCUUCUUCACAUAUCCAAGUUGAAUGUUCAAUCGUGAUACAAAACUGUAGACUUACAUGUAGUAAAGGCACAAACUUUCGAAACUAUUUCUUUUUUACAGUUACAUGUGCUUCAACUGAAACUUUCUCAGUUUAUAUGCUAUAAAUAUCUGAACCACACCACCACAGAAAGGUAAUAGCAUUGACAUUUUGGAAAAUUCGAUGACAACGGGAGGCCUUCCUGUAGAUAUCACCUUGUGUUGCCUUUAUCUGUUUUUAAAGAGGAACAUUCUUGACUUAUUAGUCCUUCAAUAUCUAACAUCAUAAAGAUUCUGUAGUUAUGGUUAGUCACACUCGACUCCAGCACUAUGAGCGUAACUACUGCAUGUUAUGCAUCACUGGACUGUUUGGUGGCAGAUGGCAUAGAUAUAAGCAGUCGACCAACCAUACUCACAGGCAUGACCUGGCUUGGUUCAUACUGUUUGUCGCAACAUUCCUGUUUAUGGUGUUUAUUUUCUACUAUUGGCUGAUUGCACGCAACGGCUUCAAUGAUUUUAAUUGGUUUAUUUAUCAACAGCUAGGGUCAUGGAUUCCAUGGUACAGCAUUGUGAUGGGUUUUGUCAUCGCCACUUUUUCGUAUGUGGUGCUUGUCAUGCUGUUGGCGUUAUGUCACAUAGCGACAAACCAGCAGGUUUAUAUGCACCAUUGCCACAAGGCAAUGACAGUUGCUAUAUUCAUUUGUUGCCUAGUAACUGUCAUCAUAUUAGAGUUCAUGUGGAAACCUCAGUGGACCAUACUUCAACUCAGUUUCCUGAUGUUUUGGCCAUUUCUACAGCUAGGAUGUGUUGCAGCCAUGACUUGUUUAACUUGGCUCAUAGCGUCACACUGGGUUUUCUUAAAUAAAAAAGUUUGGCAAGUUAUCUGGAUGGUUGUGUACAUAGGACUUAUGCUGAUUAUAUACAUAAGUCCAUUACUAGUCCAAUCCCCAUGUGUACUACAUAGGCAACUCCUACCCCCUAAGCCUGGUGUCAUGGCCCAUGCAGGAGCAUCUGCUCUUGCACCUGAGAAUACUCUAGUCGCCAUGGAGACGGCAGCAAAAUAUGACAUAUUAGGUUUAGAAUCUGAUGUUCAAUUUAGUUUUGAUGGUACGCCAUUUCUUCUACAUGACCAGACAUUUCGGCGUACUACCAAUAUAGAAGAACUUUACCCAGAAUGGAGUGGAAACCCUGCCUGGUCCUUUAAUAUGUCUGACAUUGAAAAGUUAAAUGCUGGGUCUUGGUACUUAAAGCGAGACCCCUUUGGCAGUGUCUCUAGUCUAGAUGAAGGUCAGAAAGCAGUCUACUCAAGUCAAACCAUUCCAACAUUUAAGCAGUACUUAGAAGUAGCCAAAAAUUAUAGUAAAACCGUAAUGUUUGAUCUGAAAGUGGGUAGUGAUUCACCACACUAUGACCAGGCCCUCAACAUGACAGUGCAUGCAAUAUUAGAGAGUGGCAUUCAACCCAAAUUGGUAUGGAUGUUACUCAAUGGAGAUAACUGGCAGAAUAAUAGCCUAUUAAAUAGUACAGGCUUUGUAAGAGUACAAGGUGGAGCUAUGCCUGUAUCCUACAUGAAGAGAAACAACCUAGACAUGGUCAACGUUGAGAGUGCCGAUGUUAGCUUAGAUGAUCUGAGAAUGUACAGAGCGAACAACAUCAGCACGAAUGUGUACAUAAUAAAUAGAAGGUGGCUAUUUUCCCUCUAUUGGUGUGUGGGAGUGUCAUCUCUUACAUCUGAUAUGUGUCAUGACUUUGUCAACAUGGAUGGCCCUAUAUGGAUGAUGGAGCCACAGCACUACAUGAUAAUGUGGAUCAUCAUUGACGUAGCAUCUUUAGUAAUCAUAGUUGCGAUCUUCAUGUAUCAUGCACGUAGGAAGAACAGCGAACUUCAGCGACGCAUGGAGCUCAAAGCACCAACAAUGAGAACGAGGCUUACACAAAAAAAUCCCAAAACUCGCCAAAUGAAACAAAAAUUGAUAAUAGAUGGUGUCGAUGUAGAAACAAUGGAUAUAGACCAAAUUCAAAAUCCACCCAAGUUUGAAAUGGGUUCUUUGAAUGGUUCUCAGAGUUUGCGCUCGCAAUUAAGUGUGGGCGAUAAUAGUACAAUGAAUGGGAGUGUCAAUGGUAGUAUACGAGUUAGUGUUCACUCGAGUAAUGGAAUUACAAUUGAAAUGGAUGAAGAUGAGCUGCCAGAGCUAAGUCCAACUCCACAACAAGAACUUGUAAAGCAAGACACACAGUCAAAGGCUUAGUCCUACUCCAUAGCAUUAAAUUGCUGAGCCAGACACAUAGUCAAAGGCUUA